UCACCAUGCAUAUGUAGUUAUGCCUUCCUUGCCUUUCUCCACACCAUCAGAUUUUGAAGAUGGUGCCAUCCAAAAUGAAGUCCCAUUGAAAGAAUGUGAUGUGAUGAAGAGCUGUUGAGUGAGUCACCACAAUUGUGUUGGCAAGGUAGGCUGUGGAACAGGCCAGAUCCUUACGCUUGGCACGAGAGAGCGAAAAGCAAAAGAGGAGAGUGAAGCUGGAGCCAGCAGCACCGCAGUGCUUGGCCAGCCAGCAGGGCUGGGCUGCAGGCACUUUCCUGCUUAACCACUUCAUUGACACAACUCUGCCCAAGUGGAGGCAUUUCCAUGCUGUGCCUUCAUCUGGGCACUGGGAGAUGGGCUUAAGGCGAAUGUAGAGGAUGUGUUCUGUGCAAGGGAUUUAAAAGGUUUUUGCCUCUUUUGUUCUUCCUCUUUUUUUCUUCCUCUAUGUGAUGGUUUAAGAAAUCUUAACAUUUUAUGGGAACUUUAGCCUGGGAGGGGCCCUGAGCAUCUCUAGUCACCUGCCCAAGAAGGCAAGAAGGGGUGAAAUCAUUGGGUUUUUUCUCUCUUUUUUUGUGUGUUAUCCUUUACGCACACAACUGGCUGGUGGCUCCAUCCCUGGGAUUCCUGCUUUGUGCCUCCUGGUGCCUUCCAUUAAGACAGAGCGAAGCUGUCACCAGCUCUGUGUAACAGCGCUGAGCAGUCCCUCAGGAGAGCAAUUUAUAAAUGUGGAUUGGAGACAUUGGCCCCAAGGGGACCGCAUUUAUGUAGGUGUAGAUACACGGCGAGGCCACUAAAUCAGCUACAGCACUAACAGUGGUGGCUGCGCUCCUGCCUAUGACCUAAGGGCUCCUCUCUGUGAGAGGUGAUGCUGCUCAGACAUUUAUUUCUGAGAUCUGCCAUAGUGUUCCCUGUUAUCCACCAUGACAACUACAAGUGCACUUUAAGGACGGGAGAAGGAAGAUGCAGAGAGCAGGAGAUGCAGUUCUGAAUGGUUUCUCUAUUUCCCCGGUGGUCCCUGCAGCUCGUCCUUCGGAGCAGCUGAUAGCUUUGCUCUCUAUUAUUCACUGCUCGUUACUGAUUAAUGGCCUUUAGUGUCAUUGCUUAUUUCAUUUUCCGACCAAUCUGCAAGAUCAGCCAUUAUCUAGGGAAAAAAAACUCUUUCUUUCUGGUGUUAAGUGGUUGGCCAAUGGGGCGAGGGCAGGAUUUGUGUUUAAGAAUGAGAGCAAGAUGCUUUGAAAACUGUAAACCUGCACAGAGAAGAGUCCAGCUAUCACAGGGUGGGUGCUGUGAAGCACGGAGAUAAGUGAGGUUGUCCAAAGAAUAUAAGGACUGAAACCAGAGGCCAGGCAGAACCUCUGAGUUGGCAGCAACAGUGCUGUAGUGGUACAAUAAUGACACAUGGUGGAGGUCUGAUCUCGGGUCAUGCCUCAAGUGUGUGAGACAAAAUGGUAAGUCAGUUCUUUCUUCAGAGCACUUAAAAACCAUGUUAGGAGGCAAGCAGGGCCAGCAGCAGAUGGACAGGGGCUGGCAUGGAGAGGGGGGGCUCAGUGCAGUGAUGAGUGCACGGCUGUCAGGGAUGUGACCUGGGGAAGGAUAACGAGGGGCACAUGGAGCAGUUUGGGACACCCCCCUGAGCGCCAGGGCUGGAACAGGGGAAGGAAUAAAGCACUUUGUUCAGAGGUGUCCCCAGCCUGAUGCAGGUUUUUGGAGCCAUGGGGUGAUGCCUGAUGGGGAGCUGGUGCCCAGCCAAGCUGUGGGUGUAGGGGUGGGGGUAUUCUGGUGGUGCACCCUUGGGUGCAGAAGGGAAGGAGCCAAAUUUUGCUUGCAGCAGUAGGGAAUAUGCUUUGCAGAAGCUUUUCACGUGGCCAUGCUGCAGAACACAGUGUGUGCAAGGGGCAGGAGAAGCUGAGUGGUGUUGUGCAGGUUUUGGUGCAGCUGGAGCCAAGCCUGGGUUUUGCAUCCGCUCCGUCCUAACUGCACGUUGCAAAACAUCUGAGCAAAUCACUGCUGCCCCCUGGAAGGAGCAGGGCUGUGUCCCAGAGCCUGCUAUUCCCAUGGCGUUGAACGUUCUCUGCAAUACCAGCUUUUAUUUAGAACUGAACAUCUGUUCCAGAUGUGGUUAUUCCCUGCCUGUGUUGCUGCUCUCCUGCCAUUGUUGUCCCACUCCACAGCGAAAGGCUGGCAUGAAUUAUUGAAAGAUCAAGCUUAAAUAAAUGAUAAACUGGUACAGUGCGUGCAGUAAGUUUCUGUCAACUCCUUACAGAGUCGCGCUGCCGGCUGCGCUGCGCCCAUGAUGAGCUCGUGUGCUCCGCAGGACCUGCGGCCACGUCUGCCUGAUGGGGCUGAUCGAAGAGCAUGGAGAGGGGCAGCCCCAGCAUGACAGCAACCAGGGGGAUGAGGAGGAGCCACAGCAGAGGAGCCGGCAACCGGAGCUUCCCACCUGGGAGAAGAUGCCAUUCCACCAUGUAACAGCUGGCUUGUUGUACAAAGGCAACUACCUGAACCGAUCGCUCUCCGCUGGCAGCGACAGCGAGCAGCUCGCCAACAUCUCUGUGGAGGAACUGGAUGAAAUCCGUGAAGCUUUUCGGGUGCUGGACAGGGAUGGGAAUGGCUUUAUCUCCAAGCAGGAGCUGGGCAUGGCCAUGCGCUCGUUGGGGUACAUGCCCAGCGAGGUGGAGCUGGCGAUCAUCAUGCAACGCCUGGACAUGGAUGGGGAUGGCCAGGUUGAUUUUGAUGAAUUUAUGACUAUUCUGGGACCUAAGCUGGUAUCAUCGGAAGGCAGAGAUGGCUUUCUGGGAAACACAAUAGACAGCAUAUUCUGGCAGUUUGACAUGCAGAGGAUAACACUAGAAGAGCUGAAGCACAUCCUGUACCACGCCUUCCGGGACCACCUAACGAUGAAGGACAUUGAGAACAUCAUUAUCAACGAGGAGGAGAGUUUAAAUGAAAACUCCGGCAACUGCCAAACAGAGUUUGAAGUGCACGCCCAGAAGCAGAACAGACAGACCUGCGUCCGGAAGAGCCUUAUCUGCGCAUUUGCCAUGGCCUUUAUUAUAAGCGUGAUGCUGAUUGCGGCCAACCAGAUCCUGCGGAGCGGCAUGGAGUAGCCUCUCACCAUGACACUGUGACCCAAACUGACCAUGCAUGCGCAUGCCACCGGGUGAGCUUCCCCCGAACCGACUCUCACACGGCAAAGAGACAGAGGCGGGCAGAUAACGCACCAUUCGACAAGGAGCCUGGGGGCCAGCAGCGUAACGUGUCUUGUGAAUCAACUACAUCCUUUUGGCAGGGACAUAAAAGGGCUGUCUUAACGCUUUAAAGGUUUUUUGUUUCCUAAUGCAAUAAAAAUAAAAAGAUAAACAUACAGAAGUCCCGAAUUAUUGCUUCAGAGCAGCAAUGGUAACUUGGAAGACGCUUUCAUCCAGCGGUCUGCUUUGCAGUUGUAAGGAGGCACAGCCUUGUGACUCACUGCAGCGGGGCUGUCUUUUAACCUAGGGGCCGACUGACUAUGCCGCAUAGCUCCCCGGCGGGCCCACCUUCCCAGGAAGUUGACCGUAGCAUUGCCACAAGCAAGUCCUGUUCGUUUCGUUUCAUGUCCUUUGGCUUCACUUUCUUUUUCCCUUAUGACCAUGCCUUUGAGUUUACGGCAUUAGAGGGGAGCUAGAGCAUCCUUGUACAGUAUUUUCUGAGUAAAGAAGAGGAGAAUUUGCCAGCAUCAUACAGAAUUUCUAUUUUUGCUUCACAAACGUCGCCUUUGACACAAGACUGUGGGGUAGCAGGAGUCUGUUUGCCAUUUCUUUCCCACCAAGAAUCAGGGCUGAAGAACCAUCCCCCCUCCCAACUUUCCCACAUGGGCAUUCCUGAGAUUUGUGCAGUCUUCCAGCCAGCUCUGCAACCACCAGCGCCAGUUGAAACUGCCUCUGUUUGGUCCCAUCUAUACAUUCAACAUUUGCUUUCCAGUAGUUUUGCCCUUCUGCUGUAACAGUCGUCAGUAACCUUAUUGAGACCAAAACCACUGAGAAAGCUCUCAGCUUUUCUCCCUGCUCCUUGACUGCCCAAUUUUUACUUACUUCAUUCUUGUAAUUGCAGUGAAACCUCUGCAUCCAGCACCUUCUCAUGGGAGAAGUUACAUUUUCAUGUGUACGGUGAGGUGGGAUUUGACCAGCAAGUCGCUCCAUCCCUCAUGGUCCCACUGUCACCACCGCUGCACAUCCCAUGGACCGGCUGAAAGAGGGUGAUCAGAAAACCAGGCUGCUGCAAGAAAAGAAGGAAUCAAGCGCGAUCAUGCCACCAUAUGUUCCGUAGUGUGUCAGACUUUCAGAUCCCACAAGCGUUAGUUAUUUUUCCUGGAAGAGAUUUUAAUGAGCAGCAAGGAGAGGAUGGAGUGAUGCAGACCAGAGGCACAGCGUGUCCUGUGGAGCCAGGAUUACAUCUGAAACCAUUUCUGCUUUUAAACCUGACACAAAUCCUUGCAUUUACCUUUGGAUGCACUGUACACCUGUGUGUCACUCCAGGAGGGAUCUGGUCCCCUUGCCCUGAUGGGUGAUGGCUGCGUUUGGUGCACCAGGAGCAUUGGCGUGGGGUUGGAGUGGUGGUGGCUUCUGCUGGCAGCUGGGUGAGCUCCAGAAACACGAUGGAGCAGCAAGAUCUCACUCCUGUGAAUGUAGAGGACUGUUUCCAAUGUCACGAGAAGGGGCAGGAUGGCUCCCAAAGGGGCUGUGGACCGUGAGCUGCACUUGUCCUACACGGUGACCAUUGUCUCAAGCCUGGAUCCAUUCCAAAGACUCAUUUCUGCUCUUUGUUCUUGGUUACAAGUUCAUUUGACCUGUAUUUUUCUAGUAACCUGAUUUGAAAAUGUAAUUCCCAUUGUUCUGUCUCCCACCACCCCUUAAAUCUCAUGUAUCUGCUUAGGAUUUUGCCUCUAGGUGUGUGCUGCGAUUUACCACCUUCACAACACUGCUGUUUUCCUGGUGCCCCCCCUCCAUUUCCAAAGAUGACAGCUGUCAUUUCCAAGGCAGCUGAGUCGUUUUUCUGCCUUUCACAAACACACAUUUCUGUAUUUCUGUUCUGCUGUGACUAAUAGAGGUCAGCUACAAAAUACUGUGCAGAAAUUGUUACAUCUCACAGAAGAUGGAGGGAUUUGUGUUUGCUGUAGGGCAGGACCAGACUUCAAACCAACAGCAGAAAAUGAUAGGCAAGCUCUGAGCACAGAAUUCACACUGGUGGGGAACUCAGGGUUGCUCCCAAAACUCACUGUGUUGGACAUUGAAGAUAAGGAGCUUGGAGAUCCUUUUGAGGGGACCGCCAUCCGUGUUUUUAGGUCUCAGGAGCAUAUUAAAGCUGGGAACAGAAGAAAAAAGUCUAAACGUUACUUGCCACUGAGUGGUACUUACUUACUACCUUUUCUUUUUUUCUUUCGGUGGGUUUCUUUGUGUUCCCCUGGGACAGUGCUGGAGUGAAUGUGGGAAGCAGAGCAGAUGGAGCUGGAGCCGAGGUGGGCACCAACCCACCAGCCCCACUCAACUCAGCAGCUCCAAAGCGGUGCCUCUUUGCAUAGCACAGAAAGACAAGUAAAACACGUAGACCAGGCAUUUCUCCACAUUCUUCUCACUCAUCCGACAGCUAACACCAGGCAGACUCCAAUUAUAACAGCUACCUUACAGACAAGAUAAUCUUUUCCAUUCCUUCAAGAUUUCUGGAAGGCUCUGUAAUUUCUACACGCAUGUUUCAUAAAAACUUUUGUAAAUACAGUCAUUGUUCAGCACAGUUCUUCACCUUGAACACCCAUUUGUAAAACCAAACCUAUAAUUAAUAUAUUGGUAAAAGCCAUAGCCUGGGGUCAGUAGAGUUCAUUGCAAAACUCCCCACUGAUUUUACUGGGUACGGGAUUUGGGGAUUUUUAGUUUUACUUUUUUUCUGUGGGGAACCCAAUGUAUCCAUUAUGAGUGAGUGCCAUGUCUUUGCAGAGGUCUCUUUUUCCUUCCUACACCAGCCUUUCUUCAUCUAAAGCAUCCCAAUGUCAGCCCUUCUUUCAUUAGUCAGGCUCAUCAAGUAACUAGUGGCAGUGUAGGAUGGAUCAGGCCACACUAUUUCAACCCUUCCUCUCCCAGCCAACUUCCAAUGUUGCUUUCCCGUCCAUCCUAGCCAGAAGCAUUGGAGCUUUGUCUCCUGCUUAUCUCCCUGGUUCCAUUUAUGUAACAUCCAUUUAUCUUUUUUUUUUUCCCCUUUUUCCUCCUUUAUAAGAGGGGGGGGGAAAAGGACUUUUUAUUGCUUUUACAGACAGUAGGUAAAAAUAGAGCGAUAAAGUUUUGAUUGGAACCUGAUGGCAAAGGUUUAGGAGGAAGAAAGUAGAAGAAUAAAGAAAUAAAAAAAAUCAAAAAACCCACAUCCCCUACUUUAAAAAAAAAGAAGAAGAAGAAAGAAAGGAAAAAAACCUAUUUAAGUGCUAAUUAACAUACUUUAAAAAAUACCCAGACUGCAGCAGCACUAGGUAGAGCUGUCAGAAAAAGCACUAAACUUCUGCUCUUGCCAGUUACAUGAGAAUUUAAGUGUCUUUUCAGCACUGCAGUUCUGUAUGAAAAGGAGAUUGCUAUGGCAACCCUCGCUGUUCGUGACAUGUGUGCCACAAAGUCGGAGCGACACGCAGCAAUUGCAAAUGCACUCCCAGCCAAACCAAGGCUGGACAAACAACUUCCAGCAGCCUGGGACAGCCUUCAGGCUCAAAGAUGAGCAAAUUAUCAACAAAUUCAGAGCACCCCAAAGGCAAUUCUGUUGGCUUAGCCAUAAGAAAAAUAAAAAUUAAUACAAGGUGUGUAAUUAAACAGAACAACACACAGGGAAGGGAAGCUAGAGCUGAAUAUCUGGGCAUCGUGCUCAGAUGUUUCAUACACAAUGUUGAGUUCAUUGGGAGCUCACUUUGGAUGUGACGAACUAGUAGGGCUGGAUGUUAGGAGCUUCACAACAGAGAUUCUCAUCAGCUCUGCGACAGAUUAGUUACAUACAUAUGCACUGUUUUAAGCUGAGACCAAGUAAUAAGACAUAGAAUAGUGAGGAAGUAAGUCAAGAACAGAUAAAAAGCAUUCCUAAGGGUGCUACUUGAGAUGGAUAAAGUCUUUUUGACAGAUUUGGAUGAGCAAAGUACCUACUGGCAAGCACUAUAUUCUAUGGAAAGAACACACAUCUUUUACCUGCUGCUAAAGACCAAAACAUCUCCUGGGACACUCAGAGGACUGUCCAAAGCCAUCCAAGGUCCAGUGCUGGCUUUGCUUGGGAUGACACAAUGCUUUGUGAGGUGCCUGGCACACAGAAACUUGCAGCUUUUUCCAUGAAAGACUCUCUUAUCCUGCACGUAGCACACACGUGCACAAGCAAAUAGCUCUGCCAGGAGCUGUCAUCACACAAGCAAGAGGUUCACAGUCCCAAAUCAGACUUAGAUCUGCGAAGAGAGAAGCAGUAGGAGGAAUAUAUUAAGAUCAUUAAGAAUGAAGUUCCCAAUUUUAUCCACCCGUGUAAUAAAUUAUUUAGUUCCUGCUUUAUGGAUGACUAUUUGAAAGGAGAAAAACCAACUCUUCUAAAAUGAGAAUCUGAUAAAGUAUCUUUUAUCUUGGCUCUGAAUCAUGCUUACAUUCCAUAGAUGAAGAUGUACAGAACUUGCUGGUUUUCAAUCUAUUAUUUUACUGUGCCGAGUUCUGACAGUACAAUUACAUUUCCUUGGCAUCACUUAAAACCUAUUACUUUCCCAGGAACAAAGGAAUUUAAUACAGAAGAAGAAAAGGCUCAAAACACUUCUAUCUUUCUGUGUUGUUGGCUGUUAUCAAGAACAAAUCUUGUUUAUCUCCAGUUCAAGGAGGAUAUUUUAGGCAGUUCCACAAAACGUAGAGAUUCACCAAAAGCAAAAUGGACAGAAAAUCUGACAGCAAUGCUUUAACUGGAAGGAGACUUUACUCCUAUUCAUCCAAUGGCAAAAGUCUGAAAAACUGUCUCAAUUUGGUAUCUUCACUAUAAAGAAUUUCAGCCCCAAAAGGGAGG